AUGGAUGGUCGUGGCGAGAAUUGGGUUGGCCAUAACCCGGUGUAUCCUCGUAAAAUGAUGCCACCUAAGAUGAUACCGAAAGGACCUCCUUUUAUGAUGCAGAUGAUGCCACAGAAAGGAGUUUAUCCUAAAAGUGGUCCUGCUUCUCCGAUUUUGAUGAACCAUGGCAUGGGUCAGAUGCCACCUAGUCGAAUUUCUCCAUAUGCUGAAGGUGUAGGUCCUAUGCCUAAGAUGAUGGGUAUUGGUGGGCCUGGAUUUAUUCACCCUAAGAUGAAGAUGACCCAACGAGGUAUGAUGCCACAUAUGAAGCCAUCUGAUCCUAUGGCUAACCAUUCGCCAAGGAUGAACCAUGCUAGUAACGGCGUCGGUUCACCACCUGGUAUGGGUCAUCAACACCUACCACCACGUCACAUGGGUCCUGUAAAUAAUAAUAUGGUUCUUUCUUCUCCUCCAAUGCCACCGAGCGGUAUGGGAGGUGGUAUGUCUCAGGGUGUAUCGCCAAGGCGUAUGGGUCCCAACCUGUCACCUUUGUCUAUGGGUGCUAACCGUGGUCCAUCUAAUAUAAUGUCAAAUAACUUAUCGCCCAAAUCGCUUGUACAAAGGUUCCCGCCUGAACCUGUACAUCAACAUGGUGGUAUGCUGGUUACCCCUAAUCGUGGCCCUGUAUCUCCACACCUUACAUCGCAGAUGAUGUGUCCACCUAAAAUGUCAAAUUUAGGUCCCCCAAUUGGAGUAAAAAUGCCACCAAGUGGUAUGGGCUAUGGACACAUGGGACCUCAUAUGGGUAUUCAAGGCCGUUUACCCGGGGUACCUAUCCCUAAACCGAAGUUACCGCUUGGUAUGCACAUGGGCCCACAUAUGAAAUCCGGUCCAGCUACUUCUGGUCAUCAUAUGAGCCAUCACGCAGGUUCAAGACAGCAUGAUCACGUGGUUAAGCCAUCUAGGCCACCAGCUAGACGUGCGCCAGAACCGCAAUUAGAACGUGAUCCACCGCCAUCAAUUUCAUCUCCUCCUUCUGAGAGUGAGCAAGGGGAAACAUCGGCACCAGAUGAUAAAGAGGUUGAUUCUGAGUUGACUGAUAAUAUGAAGAAGUCAGUAAUUAGUCUGGUUCGUGAGCAGCUUGUAAAGGCUGAGGGUCUUUACGCGAAGAAGUUCACCUUGUCUGACGAGUCAGAACUCGCCUCUACAAUGAUUGAUGGUUUUUUACCAAUUUUGAACACUUUAUGGGAUGAAACGAAGAAAUCACAUAAGUAUAGCUUGGAUGAGAUGUAUCUGAAGCUGAGUGGUCCUGAUUCUUCAGUGUUUGGUGACUUACAGGUGCGUCGUGAGAUGGAGCACUUGGAGGAUUACUACCGCAGUAAGACCGACCUUGAGAGGUUAUUAUCGUUAUAUCGUUCUUAUAACAAGGGUACUAUGCGUGACGCUAUAAUUGGUGGUGUACCGGGUGAUAGUGAGAUGAGUGCUAUGAUGCGUGCUCAGGAGUAUGCUGAGGUUGGUUACAACCAGCGUAACUUGGUUAAGAAGAUAACGGCAUUAGACUAUCGUAAUGCUCUAGAGAAUGAGUUAUGUCGAUCAAUGUUUCCUGAGAGUUUCCGUACGCAGCAGAUAAAGAUGGCGUCAAGUUUACACUUUGAUGUGCGUACCCCUCCCCAAUGUGUAUCACCACCUGCUGAGUCUGUAGAUAGUGAUAGUGCUGCUGCUGCUUUGUCUAAGUGUGCUAGUACUAUGGAGAGUUCUCAUUUUUCAUCUGUUGCAUCAAAAUUGAUGUCUAAGUCUAGUAGUACAUUUUUCGAUAAGAUGGGUGAUAUGCCUAUGUUACCAUUGGAUAUGCGUUAUACGGGUGGUCCUCAGAUGAUGCCUGCGCCUGAUAUGUUGAUGCCUAUGGGUAAUGGUAAGGCUGGUUUUGGUGGUAUGCAGAUGCCAUUUCCCAAGGGUGUGAACUUUCCCAUGGUGCAGAUGCCGAAGUUAGGUGCUAUGCGUCCUCCUGUGUCACAGGUUCCACCUAAAGGUUCUCCUAAGCCAGGUUCUCCUAUUCUUCAUGGUCAGCGUGGUCCUGUUAAUCAUGCUGUAGUGUCUGUUUCUUCAAGUUCGCCAGCUUUACCUGUUCCCAUGAAGAUGGUUAACCCCAGUCAUAAGUUUGAAGCUGCGGGUAUGGUUCCUGGUUCUCGGCCUCCUCUUAUGAAGAAGCCGCCGCCUAUGUUCAAUAACCGUUUCACGUGA